AUGGCCGAGUCAAGAGUCUUCUCCAUUACCGGAGGAGCAUCCGGUAUCGGUGCAGCCACUGCACGUCUAUUGGCCCAACGGGGAGCCUCAGCGCUCUGGAUAGCAGACAGGAACCCAGUGAAUUUCCAGGCAAUCACAGAUGAAAUCCGAUCCUGUAAUCCGACCGCCCAAGUACACACACAUCAGGUGGAUGUGUCGAUGGCGCAGGAAGUUGAUGAAUGGAUUGACAAGAUCAUCAAGGACGGUCCUCUACACGGAUCCGCGAAUGUGGCGGGACUUGCUCAGGCAACAAGUGCGAGAGAUGCUCCCAAUAUUCUCGAAGAGACAAAUGAGUCAUGGAGGAGAGUGAUGGGUGUCAAUAUCGACGGCGUCUUCUACUGCACGAGAGCACAGAUUCGAGCGAUGAAAACCAUGCCAACAGACUCGCACUGUUCCAUUGUGAAUGUAGCCAGCAUGAUCGCGCUCUUCCACGUGGGUGACACUUAUGGCUAUGGCACUUCAAAAGCAGCUUGCGCCUACUUUUCCACCAGUGUGUCUAAGGACGUAUACCCUUUUGGGAUCCGUGUGAAUUCGGUGUCUCCGGGCAACGUUGAAACUCCCAUGAUGAAUGAUGUCCUGCCCUCGACAUCACCUGAAGAGCGUCGCCAACUCAUUAGAGCCGCUAGGAUGGAACCCAUGCAUCCAUCCUCCAUCGCCAGGGUAAUAGCUUGGCUUCUGAGCGAAGACUCUCUCGAUGUAACUGGUGUCAAUCUCCCUGUCGGACUGGGCUACCCUUAA